AGGCACCGACAAUAACAGCCCCCCUCCCCCUCCCCAUUCAAAAACACAACAUAAACCCCAGGGAUAGAUGAACUACAAAUGAGAAAGAGGAAAAGAUGGAACUGCACAUCCUAGAGCACAGGCUCAGAGUGGCCAGCAUAGCCAAGGAGAGCAUCCAGUUGUUUACCUAUGGAUUAAUCAAACUUGCUUUCCUGUCCUCUAAGACGAGGUGCAAGUUCUUUAGCCUCACAGAAACCCCUGAGGACUACACCAUCAUUGUGGAUGAAGAGGGCUUCCUAGAGCUUCCUUCCUCGGAACACUUGAGCGUGGCCGAUGCAACAUGGCUUGCCCUCAACGUGGUGUCUGGUGGAGGUGGUUUCUCCAGCUCCCAGCCCAUCGGAGUGACCAAAAUUGCCAAGUCAGUCAUAGCACCCCUAGCUGACCAAAACAUCUCAGUGUUUAUGCUCUCCACCUAUCAGACGGACUUCAUCCUGGUGCGUGAGCGAGACCUGCCCUUCGUGAUGCACACGCUGGCUGCCGAGUUCACCAUCCUCAGAGUAGUGAAUGGGGAGACAGUGGCUGCUGAUGACUUUGGGGUAACAAAUGGAUUUGUCAAACCAAAACUAGUUCAGAGGCCUGUCAUUCAUCCUCUUUCCAGCCCAAGUAAUAUGUUCUGUGUCACCAGCCUGGAUCCAGAUACCCUUCCCACUGUUGCUACACUCCUGAUGGAUGUCAUGUUUUACUCCAAUGGAGUAAAAGACUCCGUGGUGGGCAACGAAGACUCGGGACAUAUUCGCUUUUUCUCCUUUUCUCUCAUUGAGGGUUACAUCUCCCUGGUCAUGGAUGUCCAGACACAGCAGAGAUUUCCUAAUAAUUUGUUGUUUACAAGUGCAUCUGGCGAGCUCUGGAAGAUGGUGCGGAUUGGUGGGCAGCCUCUUGGCUUUGAUGAAUGUGGAAUUGUCGCUCAGAUUUCUGAGCCUUUGGCCGCAGCCGACAUCCCAGCCUACUACAUCAGUACCUUUAAGUUUGAUCACGCCUUGGUACCUGAAGAAAAUAUAAAUGGUGUGGUCAAUGCACUCCAAGUCAGUCAAGCUGAAAAGCAUUAGAAAUCUUCUGAGCUGGUUCCAGAUGCUUUUUAUUAUUCUAAUAAUAAUAAUUAUUAUUAUUAUUAUUCUUUUUUUCUCACAGUAUUUCUUGAAAAAUCUGAUUACAGAGAGUGACAUGAAAAGAGACUGUGGAAAGUUGAGCAGAAACAGCUCCAAUAAGCCUUUGUUUUAAUUAUUAUUAUUAUUAUUAUUGUUAUUGUUAUUAUUAUUAUUAUUAUUGUUAUUUUAUUAAAUUUAUGAAUGAGGGGCAGGAGGAAAGGGAGUUUGUAUGGUUUCCUGAUGUUCAGCUCCGAGGAGAAGUGAACCCUGGCUGUGCUCAGUGUGGAAGGAGCUGCCUGGGGACACCCAGGGACACCCAGGGACACCCAGCACGGAUGGCCCUGGGCACACUGUGAGAGCAGUGGGGUGGGCCAAGAGGAGAUGGACAGGUUGCUGCCUCAGAGAGCCCUGAAAACCAGAAACAAAGUGAAAUAUGGAAUUAAACAGAAAAGACAUGGCAAAGUACUGGCUUGUCUCCUUGCAUCAGACUUCUGAGGACUGUCCAUCACUGCCUGUGUUGAGAUAGGAUGCAAAGGGUUUGGUUUCCCCUGACAGAACAAUUUGUUAUUGGAAAAUGGGAAAUUAUCCAGUUGUUUGACAUUUCCCCUUUUUCUUUCUCCCCGUGUUCAAAGCCUGGGUGCUCUGAGAAAGCCUGGGCAGAGGGAGCCCAGGUGGGUCACUCCUGGCAGGUGGUGUCACCCAGACUUGUGUCUGCAUUGAAACUUGGCUGAUUUGGGUCAAUUUUUCCUAGUCCCUCCCUCACUGCUCCAAGUAUUCUCCUGCCAUAUCCCCUGCUCCAGGGCAGCUUGUCCCCUUAUCCCACAUCAGAGCCUUCCCCCAGCCCUUGUUCCUCAGGGCCAGCAAGAGGGGCAAGAGGGCCUCUUUCCUCCUGUCCCCUCAGGAUUUUCCCAUCCAGUGUGCACACAUGGGGAAAUGAAGGAUUGCCCAGGGUCCCUGGGUAGCUGCUCUUGCACAUCCCAGGCCACCUUGGCCAAGAGCCACAGCAGGUUGCCUCUGCCAGGGCCAGGAGGGUGCCUGGGUCUUGCGGGGAGCCUCCUGCAAUUCUCCAUCACACAGGUGGAAGUUGCUGCUGACUGGGGAAAGUAGAGUGGUGCUGAAAAUGCCUCAAACCUUCUGGCAUCUGGUCCUGCACAGGAAGAUGAUGGGGCUUUUCCCAUGGGGAAGCAGGGGUGUGUUUUCUUCUGGCUUGUACCACGGCUGAGGGCCAGCAGGAGCCUGGCAUCAAGGCCCACAGUGGCACCCGUGUCCAGGUUGUGCCCGUGGCCACUGCCAGCACUGUGGAGGACAGCAGAGAGCAGAGCAGGGAGAGGAGUGUUACCAAGGUGUGGGUGCCAACACUCUGCCCCACUGUGCCCAUGCAAGAAGGGCUGGUGAGAGGAGAAGCUGUCUGCAGAGGACCUUGCUGUUGUGAUUACCAGCCCCAGCUUAUCUUGCAUUUCUUAACUCCUUCCACUUCAGGCUUGCCAUACAGAAUUUGCAGAUCUUGCCUUUUUCCCCGAGGGCUUUCCAGCCAUGCUUCAGAGACAGCCCCUGGCAGGAUUUUCCUGAGGCUGUGCCACAGACAGCUGUGAGCCAGGGUUUUGCACUAAUCUGGAGGCAAAAAGCAAACACCUGGGAUCAUGCCAUGGGCAUGGUUUUACUGGUGUGUAGGACAAGCAAACACACACACAGACACAGCUGGGUGAUGAGUUCUGCAUUCACAGUACUGGAGGGCCAAGCAGGUAUGGUUUCUGAUGCUGCUGGAUUCAAACUGAGUUUCAAAUCUGAUUUUUCACCAGUAGGAUGUUAUGUGGCAUCUAGACAAGGAGUCAGAGCAUCCAUGGGAAAAAGCAUGGAUGACUUCCCUUGGUUGGCCCUACUGGAGCUGAAGCAUCCUUGCUGAGGAACCUGAGGCACACGUUCAGUGCUUUACCAAACAGGAUGUUCCACUGUUCUUUUGCAUGGGUUUUCAGAAUUGUCCCAUGAUGUGUUUAUAUUCACUCCAGAUUUCUGGACUAAAGGUCUGUUCUAGAUGUGGCACUGUGCAUCUCUGGAUGUUUGGAAAGGUGCUUUGGUCUCCUGCCACUGCACAGUGCAGUGCUGAAAGCAUCUGGAGGUGCUUGCUGUGGCUCUGCCCAGUGCUGUGCGCACUGAGCUGGGCUGGAGUGGGCAGCAAGGCCAGGGGUGGCUUUUCAGCCCAGGUGUUGUCAGAGGUUACUCCUUGGGAUGGCAGAUUGGCAGCAUGGCUGGGGGCAGGGGGAUGUUGAGUUGCUGUGCAGCUGCUGAGUUGCCAACCAAGGUUUCUGCUCAGCUGAGUUGAGCCUGAGUUUUCUCUGUGUGCAUGGAUGGUGCCGCCAUGCCAGAGACAUCAGGACAGGUCUUCCUUCUGCUUUGGGGUUCUGUCAGACUUUGGGAAAUGCCAGUUUUGGCAUCAGAGAGUACCAGGUGUUGCUGUGCAUGUGUCAGUGCUGCCUCCAAAGGACUGCAACCUGAAUAGGAAGGAGUUAACUUGAAACAAGCAACAACUUUUAGUGAGCCUUAAAUGAAAGCAAAAAAAAAAAAAAAAGGAUUUAAUUUUCUAACAUUGCACUCAGGCUAUUUUAGAGGCUGAUUUUUGUAAUUUUUUUCCCGAGGGAAUCAGCCUUAUAUUUGUGAAAUCUGUAGAAAGCUCUGUGGUAUUUCAAACCUCCCAAAGGAAGGUUGAUGUCCCAACAUGGGAGAGUUGGCCUGGAAAAUUCACAGGAUAUAAAAUGCCAUUGAGGGACUCUGAUGCUCCCACCAUCCUUGGCUUCACCUUUUUAUUUCCUUUUAUCUUUGUUCCCUGACAUCCAAGAAAAUUGUUUCAGACAACUUGAUUCUUUACCUUUAGUAUUCCCUUCAUAUUUUUUUCUGGUGGGAACUGAGGUACUCCAAAUGUGGCCAUAAUUGCUGGAACCUUGUCCCUGCACCAGCCUGAAGUCGGGAUCAGCACAGCAGUGCUGCAUGUGAGACCUACUGCAGGAAGCAAGGCAAAGGCUCCUGCAGGGCCUUUGUUAAAUAUAUUCUUAAUAAUAAUAAUACCACCACACUAUUGACACCCCAGUGCUUAGUGAACCCAAAGUAGGGGGGCUCUUAAAGCUGCUCCACAGCUCCUACUCUCUCAGCACCCAGCCUUUGGGGUGGGGAAGAAGUUGAAGAGUCCUUUUCCCUUUUUUUAAAGGAAGUGUCUCUUCUUUUUUUUUCCUUUUAAUAAUACAUCUGAGUAUCCCUGACAUUUUGCUGUGCAGUACUGUGGGGAUAAAGGAGGAACAUGUCUCAGAGGGACACCCGUGGGCUGGGUGCCUGGAUUACCUGCAGCUGCCAGUGCUGCCCUCAGCAUCCCUGCUCAGCUCUCUGGGCACUUCCACCCGGCCAUGGCUGCUGUAAUGAGGGAUUGUCUCAGUGCUGCAGGCCCCUUCCUGUGCUGUCUCUCCUCUGGUUGCACAGAAGUUCACCAAACAGCAAAAUGCAAAAGUGUUUCCAGCCCUGCAGAAAGGGGCAGGCAGGGGAGGAGAGCAUGGCCUUCGUGCCUCCUCUUUCUUUGUCCAAGGCCUUUAUUUUCUAAGCCUCAAUCUUUCCAAGUUGUGUUAUUGAGUUUUGUCUUUCUCCCUCAAACCAAUUAGAAUCUGACUACAAAUUCCUUUCUACUGAGCAAGUGUGUGCACAUAUAUACAUCUUAAGUGUUUCUAUAGAAAUCCAUAGUGUGUCCCCAUGGCACACCUGUAAAUACCCAUGUUUGCCUGGAGGGUUGUGUCCUGCACAUGGGGUGGGCACUCAAGCCAUGUAGGUUCACACACAUAAACAGUGCAUUGUGUUUACUCUGGCCACACACCCUUGUGUGGGCCUCUAUGUAGUGAGUACUAUAUGCACACAUUUAUUCACCAUAUAUUUUUAAUUCAAGUAAUGGGCAAUAUGAAAGUUAGUUCCACUCUUGCUUUUUCUCUACGUGUGUUUAGUGAAGAGCAGCAGUGCAGUCGGCCUGAAACAAAGCUGGGGCUCCUCUGCUUGCUGGGAUCAGCAUUGGAUUUCCCUCCCUGCUUCAGAAAAUUCUGAAAAUUCUCUUCCUCUCCAGUUUGGUGCCUCAAGCACAGAGACUGUAGGAAAUCCACUCCUUUUUCUCUCUAUAUGUUUUAGUUGCUGCCCUGAAUUGCCUCAGCCUGUAAGUUGGGCUGGGGGUUUCCAGAGGGGCCUCCAGCUCCUGCAGGCACAGAGCACUGCCUGCCUUCCCCAGGCAAGGCAGCAGCUCCUCCAGGUUUCCUGCAGCAAGGGCUCUGGGGUGGCCUGGGCUGGGCACCAGCACUCCCUCUCAGCUGGUUCCUGCUGGCCUUUCCCAGCAUCUCUGCAAGACCUGGGUCAGGUGCAAGAUUUCCUGGGGGAUUUGUCUGCCGUGGCAGCCCAUGGCUGGUGCAGGGCUCUGGUAUUUGCUGGGGAAUUCACAUUUGUUGGCCUGUGAGGAGCUGAAAUCAGUGGCUUAUUUUUAAAUAGAAGGAAGUGUUGGAGGGUCUUUUCCUGUUAAAAUCAGAAGAGGCUGCUUGAACCCAGUCACUGGAAGUGUGUGGUCUUUGCAUCUCACCACUGGAGAUUUCUGCUGACCAGGAGUGCAGUUGGGGUCCAUGGAGGGAAACGUCCUGCUUCCCUAUUUCAGGAAAGGGGGGUGGGGGCUGAGGGUGCUGCCUUGCCACUGACCUUUUGGCACUUGGAAGCUGCUGGUUUUUCAGGCUGCUCCCCCAAAUAUCCCCUUGCACAGGUUUGUGCAGCCUUUGGUUUCUUUCCAGGCAUUGUUUGGAGUUUCUGCAAUGCUGUGCUGUAGAGGGCAUGGAUCAGCCUCUUGCAUGGGGAGGCCUUAAUGGAAAUACCUGGUUUUGCUGCAGCAUAGAGACGGUGGCACCUGCAGUGGGUGACAUAAGUAUUAAGACUCACCUAAUGACAAUGCCAUUAAUAAAGCAUACUCAUCAUCCUGCUACUCUGAAAUGUGUUUUAAACUCCAAGUUCUGUUACCAUUCCCGGGCACAGGCUGCUGGUCAGGGAUGAAUCUAUCUCCUCUCUCACUAAGAGCUUGUUGCUGUCAGGUCUUGCUUUGGGCUAGCACAUGACACUGAGCAGGGAUUUACUUUUUAAGAUGUGCCAUGCAGAUUUGGGUGUGGGGACUUUGGUUCUGCUGGGAGGUCCUGAUGGCUCCAGCCAAUCAAAGCAUCCCACAGAAGUGUAUCGGGUUCUAUUUUUCUGAAGCGUGAUGUUUUUGUCCUGCCAGAUGGGAGGAAAUAAGGCAGUGCAGCAUAAGGGAGUGUGUGGCAGAGGAGGUUACUCAGGCUCUAGCAUAGCUCCCUGAGCCCCCAGUUGUUUCCCUGGUGCUCUUGAUGCUUUAAGGAACGUGUAGACCCCUGAGAGAGGCAAGGCAGGGAGCAGCUCUGCUCAGAGCUCUGCCACUGCCCUGCAUUUGCAGAAUUUGCUGCCGUCAGGCGUGAGCUCCUGACACAUUCCCCCACUGGCUGCCCCGCAAGUCUCUCAGUGUGUCUGUGAGAUGAGGGUUUAGGGGUUGACUCUGACAUCCUGUGAAGGGUGGGAAGCUGACUGGGACAUAAAAGGCUGAACUGCAUGUGCUUGAUCAGAGCCUGCCUCUGGGAAGAGGCUUUCUGUAGAUUUCUCAGCUUUGCUAUAAAAAGCUUGAAUUCUUUUCCUUACAAAGGGGCCCCAUCUCUGGUGGAGCUGAUGUUGCUGUGACUGCCUGGCUGCAGAAGGGCCACGCUGACCAUACAGCAGCCACGGGGUCAGCUCAGGCUCCUCUAUUCCAGAAGGCAUCUCGGUCUGCCUUGGCAUUGUCCCACACAUCCAUUCUGUGGCAGUGCAGGGUCUGCAGAGAUCCCUCUUAGUGACAGGCAUGGGAAAGGUAGGGGAAGAACAGGAGUAGGUGGAGUGCUGAGUGAGGCAAAAGAAUUAAUAUGUUCAUUUUUAGCUGUGCACAUACAAAGAUACUGAAGUUCUGCUUGUUGUUGUGAACACCAAAGCAUUUUCUUUCUCCUUUUUGACUGAAACAGACCACCCCACCCUGCCCAGCCUCCGUGCUCAGCCCAGCAUCCCAGAGGAUGCAUUUGUCCCAGUCAUACCAUCCUAGCAAGGGUGGACAGCUCUAAACCCCCAGUACUUGGAAUAUCUCUGAUGCUCUGUCCACUGGGGAAGGCUCCCAGGAAUCACUGUGUGAUUGAGGUAAUGAGGGUGUUGGGUUCUGUGGCCAGAGGGGUUCCUCCCAUCCUUGUGGUUUUUCCCAUCCAUACCCACACAACUGUUCAAGAGCACCAGGUCAUCCAGACUCCUUAAUUUAGAGGUCAGCAAUGUGAGUAGGAGGUGCUGGGUCCUGCAUUGGUACAGUCACUGUUCACUCAGCACAAGUGUUCUCUCAGCACUGGAUAAUUGGUAUUUUCUGUUAAUGAAAAGGGAGAAAUUCUUUGUUUGGCCUCAGGCUGAGCAUUGCUGCUAAUUCCUGAAUGAAGGUGUCCCCCAGCAACAUUCUGUUAAGGACAAGAAGUCAUUUUCUGAUGAGGAUUUCUUCUCUCUCUGUUACUUUGACUGUUGUGGACAUCAGUAAGCAGCUUAAGGCAUCUCACUUACCAGUCCUGGCUGCAGUCAGUUCCAGUCCUGCCUGCAAACACUGGAUUGGAUUAAACUUUUAUUAUCUGCAGGAGAGUAAAACCCAGUAAUCCUUUGCCCAUAAUAUUUACAGAUUGUAGCAUGUGCAGGGGUGUAUUUACACUGGCUGAAAUGUGCAAACCUGCCUCCAGAUUUCCAUACCUUCUCCCCAUGAGUGCAUCUGUCUGUCUGUCUGCACCCUACCAUAUGUGAGGGGCCAGCAAUAUCCCUCAGGCAUCCUGGCAGCUCUGAACUGGUGUGGAAACAGUUUGCACAUCCUCAGCAAGGCUGUGGGACCUUCCCAGGCUCCCUGGAAUGGAAAGACUUGACUGUGAAGAUAAUCUUGAGUUACUCUGCUGUCCUUGGCCUCUUUCAUUUAAUCCUUAUGAAGCACAGCUGGGUUGAACUCCCAGCUCCAGUUAGCAAAGGUGGAGGAAAGAAAGGGGUUCUGCAGUGUGAGACGUGCCCUGGAUGCUGAUCAGCGAAUCCUGGCUGCAGCAGUAAUGGCCUCUGCAGAUGCUCUGCUGAGCACAGAGCAAUGCACAGCCCCCUUGUAGAAAGGGGAAAUGGAUGAAGCAUGUGUCAAAGGACAUUCUCAUUUCAGGGUAUGAAUUUUAGGGUUCAAUACCUCUUUGGAACAUAUAUGAGCCAAGAUCCUUUCUUGGUCUCUCUAGACAGCACUGGUCAUUUCAGGUUCAAAGCCUGGGAAUGAAUUAACAAAUAACCUCCUUAUUGCAGAAUACACAGAAUAGCUUCCCCCUGGUCCGUAAUUCUCUUGCAGCCAUGACCUGUGCUUCUGCAGGCUCUGAGUGUGCAGAGGGCCUGGCCACAGGGAACACAAACCCCUGGCACCUCCUCCCAGCUGCGAGUGCCCAAGUUCUGAGGCCAAGGUGAAGGGAGUGGCCGAGGGAUGGCAGCUCCUCCCCUGCCUGCACAGCUCCAGUGUGGCCACAGCCAGCCCAGCUCAGCACUGUCCCAGCUGUGUGGAGCAGGACAGCUGCAAAACAGCUGUUUAAUGCCCUGGGCUCCCUCGGGGUUUUGUUUUUAUCCAUUUUUAUCUUUCUGCAAAUAUCUGUAAAUGAACUAUGGGUGGAUUUUGGAGCAGACAUGGACACAGAUGCCCAUCAGGCAUCUGGCAGGAUUGAAAUUUUGAAAUAUAUUUGAGAGCAGAGCAGGAGCAUGUCAUGCCCCCUCUGUCCAGCUCUGCCCUCUGCCUGUACCAUAGGAGAGCUGGCCAGGUGCCAUGUCCCUCUGUAGGCAGACCCAGUGGUUUUACCAGGGUCCUCCAAACCCUAAAAGAUUAUGCCAAAACCAGGGCUCCUUUCCUCCUUCGUUUUGCAGGGGCUGGUUGUUCUUCCCUCCUUGUGUGGCUGUGGCACAGGCAGUGUCUUGCAGGGCACCUAUGGGAAGAUGCCAUAGGAGCUGCAGUUCAGAGUCCCCCUGCUCUGGCUGGCUUUCUGCUUCACUUCAGCAUCCUGAGGAUUUAAACCGGCUUCCUGCAGUUACAGUAAUAGGCUUGAGGAUUCCUACUUGCUCUUUUGUUACCUGAAAAACAUUUUACAGGUACCUGAUUCCCUGGCCCUUGUGGGAAUGCUGCUUGAAGCACCCACUUGCCAGGCUGGCCGCUGUGAGCAUUACUGGCCCUAAAAGAGUUCAGCCCCAUUUGCCAGCUGAAAGGCUGAAGCAGCCCCAGGCUCAGGCUAGCAGGAUGCUGCUCUGGGCCAGGUCACGGGGGAGAGACAGCCCCAGUAAACAGAGAUUCCUCAUCCUCUGAGUCCCUGCUGCCUGCACAGAGCCAUUCCCAUCAGGGAAUGCAAAGGGAAUUUCCCUUCUGCUGAAAAGCAGCAGUCUUCUCUGUGGAUUUGUGGUCAGUGGCAAAGGCAGGAGUGUUUGCCAUGUGGGACAUUGAAAAAAGGAGCCAGGGGUUCCUAUACAUAGAGCAGAGAAAAAAAAUCUGCAGCCUUUGUUGAAGCUGUUUCUUGCAGUGAUUUCUAAUGUCAGCCUUGGGAUGGGAUUGAAUUUUUGAGAUCACUGAAAUUACCUGGAGAGCUCGUGGUGUUCUUACAACUGCAGGGCACUGCCUCUAGGCAGGACCAACCCGCACAGAGCACAGGACCCUUCCCACCAGGGCUCAGCCCAGGGGCAUGGGAUGUUCCCUGCAGCAGUACAGACAGACAGGCUACUGAACCAGGCCUGAUCUUGAAGAAAUCCCCAAGUUUUAACAUUUCCUUCCUGGGAGCAAAGCUGUUUUCCCUAGCCUUGUGUGUCAGUCGGUUGGUGCAGAUGCAGGAGGUUCAGAGUAUGAAGAAGGUGGCUCUGCAGGAGGAGCAUUUCUCCUUCACCCAUUAGGAACUGUCUGGUCCAGCUCAAUGGCCUCAGCCAUUUGUAGUUGUAUCAUGGAAUUAAACAUGAAUCAUGUCCUCAUUCUCCCCCAAACCCCACCUGCCCAGAUCCCUGCCAGUCCCAUGUGCCUGGGCUUCCUUCCUUCAGGCCUUUAUUUGUUCUCCAAUUGCAAACUGCUCUGGUGACACCAUAGCAGAAAAUCAGCAUCCCAGGGCAGUGUCCUCCAGGUUCUUCUGGUUGUGCUGGAUCCAGGGCUGCCCUUGCCUCUCACCCAAAAUCCUCCUGCAACUGCUGCUAAAAAUACUCCUGCCAAUCCACUGGCUGUUGACAGUAGUGUGAGAACUGCAUCCAAGUGCCAUCAGUGCCCAGGUUAAUGCCUGGAAAUGCACAGGGCAGUGCCUCUUUCCAGGACUAUGGGGCGCAGCCAGCAGGGUUGUGUCCCCUGUCCCUGCUGGCUGUGGCUGGGCACUGUUAUCCCUCUCCUGUGUGUGGGCUCCAGGCCUGACUUUGGGGCUUGUGAGACAUGAAGUUGAGGAGCAGGGUGUUCACUUAAGCACAGUGGCAGGCCACAUUUUCUGCAUCAUUUAAUCCUCCUCCACACUGCCUCUGCAGCAGCUGGGGGUGGCAGUGACAGAGGGGACACUUCUCCUGCUGACCCAAGCACCAGGACAACCAUGGCUCUUGGACAGGCAGAAGAGGCUGCCAGGCAGUAACUCACAGUAGGAUGCAGCUUCAGAAGCUCUGUUCCAGCCUUUGGAAGAGCCUGUCCCAUUCCCUUACUGUUAACUCCUUAGAUAGCCCAUUCUCCCCUCGUUUCCAUUAGAAUUAGAGGGGGGGUGAUCACCUCAAUUUGUUUGACAUGUUCACCUGCUCCCACCACCCAGCCAUGCCAGCAGCUCCUACUGCUGCUGGGGUUUGGGUCGUGGUGCCCCAGUGCCCAGUGCAGCCCCCCGUGCAGGAGUCUGGCACUGCUGUUGGCUCCUGCUGUUGGGGCACCGUGGGGCAGCCAGCAGGGCUCGUUCUGAGGGAGCACUGCUGAGGAGGAGCCUCAUUUCCUCCUCGGUGCUUAGGGCAGAUUUUUCGUUUGGUUCCUCUGGGCUAAGCUUCAGCAAGCCACCAACCCUGCAGGGUCACACAUGGGAGGUCACAGCCCCCCUGCACUGCUCCAGUUCCAGGCUGGUUACGAGGGGCUGGCACAGCACCACUUUAUAGUGCCUCGAGUGGCCUGAACAAGUCUGAGCAUUUAUCUCCUUCUCCCCUUUGUAUGGACUCCAAAGGAGCCCAGAUUCCCUCCAGAUACCUACACAACACUAACCCAAAUUUCUACAACUGCCAAGAGAGCAGAGAUGCUCCGGGUGCAGAAGGUGCCCAGCUUGGAUCAGGGUCUGUCUCUGGUCCCUGGUCCCUGUGCUGGGCAGCCUGGGGAGGAAACACAAAUCUUUAGGACUUUUUUAUUUAAUAAGUUAUUUAUGUAUCAUUUGCUCUGUAAGUGAAAUAGCACUUUUGGCUUCAGACACACACCAAACAGGCUGAAGUGGGGCUGGGAACCCCAAACUCUUGCAGCCUCUCCUCCCUGCUCACCUCUCAGAAACCCCAUGCAGCCUUUCACUGGGGAGGGUAGAAAAAAGUCUAUUUAUUUCCCUUUAAUUACCAGAUCUGAUAUAAACAGACAGGGUGGGGGAAUCCUGCCCGUGCAGGGGCCUUUGGCACACCUCCUGCUCUGGGCUGCAGCCAUGGAAAGGCUGCUUGCACCUGCCCUGGGAGCAGUGCCCGUGGGCUCAGUGGGGCCAGGCCCUGCACGUGUGGGUGGGCAGUUCCUGCAAGCCUGGGGGUACAAGGCACAGUGGAGCCCCAAUGCAUCAGUUGCCUUCAUGACCUCUGCAUGAGCUGGGAUGUUCUACCAGCAGGCAAGGGAGUGGUGGCAGCAGCUUGGGAUCAUGCACUGGACAUUGUGUGGCACUGAGAAGUGGCUGCUUUGCUUUCCCAGCAAGUGCACAUGCUGCUUUUCUUUGCUGGUCUUAUGCUGAAAAGCUGAGAUUUAUGUACUGUAUGAAAAAAAAACAAAACAGAAAAAAAGAAAAAACCCUAAUGUUCCAAAAUAAAUGGCAGUAUAUUUUGUACUUUGUAAAGUAAUUAAAUCGAAAAAGAAUAAAAAGUGAAACUUAUGCUGUCUGCUUUUGUACUGAUCAAACUGAUGAAAAUAAAGCAGAGCUUGGCAUUGUC